AUGUCUUCUAAUUACUUGUGUGUAAAAAUUGCUGAAUAUUUGUCUGGUUUAAAAACUGAGCAUAUCAUGGUGGCCACGCUUAUUUACCAAGAGUUUGAAAAGAACUCAUGGAUUUGCAAGAAUGAACUGAGGGGUAUUGUGAAUAGAGCAGUUAAUUUGGUAAAAAGAUCAACUACUAUAGAUUUUGAACAUAGUGAAAGACUUAUUCAGAUUAUAUCACAGGAGGAUAAUAAAUUUUAUGAACUAAUAUAUGUAGAAUAUUCUCAAAUUGUUCAUACUAAGCAAAAGAAAGAUGAUGUUAAAGUGAAGUUAUGGUGCGAAGCUAAUGAUGAGAUGUUCUGGGCACAUAAAAGUCACAGAUUGGAAAAAUGA